CCAGGCGCGCGCCCUGAGGCGGGCGGUAGCUGCGGGCCGGCGCCGUUCCUGAGGCGGCGGAGGGAUCUCGCCGCUGCUGGGGCUGCGCUGCGUCCUCCGGCUGAGGGACUGCGACCGCCGGAGCUCGGAGCACCCGGGACGGAGCUCAGCCUCGUCAGGCAGGUCGGCGGGGCGCCGGGGCCACCCCUGGGGCCGUCCCCCGCUCCUCUCAGAGCGGGCCCCGCUGCAGGAUGUGGCUCGGGGGGGCAGUGUUUGCGUGGGUACCGGCUGGUCUGUGGCUCUCCUCAUUACAGCAUGCCUUAGCCACCAAGAUUCCGGUCUCUUCCUAAAGUCAGAACACUGCAGAAAGCUGGUAAACCUGACGGUAAUCUCUCUUUGUAAUAAUCCGUCUGGAGACUUCUGCCAGCUGAGGGCUGGAGGUGCCUCUGGAGUCAGCUUUGUAACUGAAGCAGGCUUUCAAGGCUGAAUGAAGGCGCAGGAAAGGCAGUGCGGUUUUUUCACCAUUUGUGUGUCUUAACUCGGGGUGUAACUGCUAAUGAAGUAAAGAUUUCAAGGAAGCCUGAUGACAACAAAAGCAAACUCUACUGUGUCAGCAGGAUCUAUAGCUGUCCCUUAUGGGCAUGUAAUUGGAAAUGAGAAGUGGAGAGGGUCAGAGAUAGCCCAAAGGCUACAAGGGAAAAUUAGACUCAUCUUUGAAGAUGGCUUGGGACUUGUGGAUUUUCAUCUUUCAAACAGAACUUGCAUUUUAUAUAUUUCUGAAGCAGAUUUGGUUGCAGGGGAUGAAUUCAAACGAAGAUUGGCUCGGUUUAGGAAUGCCAGCAGUCUCAGUGGAAUAGUAAUUGUAGAGAAAACCCAAAUAAGUGAUCAGUACUUCUCAGCAGUACAAAAGUUUGUUGUGCUAGAACUUGGAAUGGUGUUGCUUCCUGUAGGAAAUCAAGGAGAAGCUUCUCAACUUAUUACUCAGCUAGUCCGGGAACAAAGUAAGGAUCACAGUAGUAACCCCUUUCUUCGGAAGCAAUGUUCUCAGCUGGCAGAGCCAUCACUCUUUCGGACGGUUCAACAAAUUCCAGGAGUUGGGAAAACAAAAGCUCUGCUUUUACUGCAACAGUUUGGAAGCCUCCACCGUCUAUGCAAUGCAUCUGUCAAAGAGCUUGAGCUGGUAGUUGGACAAACAGUAGCACAACAGAUUUAUACCUUUUUAUGUUCCUGACAUGCAUGGGUAGUGCCGUUUUGGAAAACAAACCUUUUUGUUUGUGUUUCUUGCGAAUUAUAAAAUUAUUUUUUUAAUAAUCACAUACGACAGUGAUUUCUGUAAUCCUGGGUAACAACUGGAGUGUAUUGACUAGUUCUUUAGAUUAUUACUCUGCUGCUGCUUCUUUACAUGUGUUCUGCUUAAGUCGCUCGAGCUGUGAAAACUGCCUUGAAAAGAGGGCUGUAAAGUGUUUUGCAUUUAUCUUGUACAAAAAACAGAGAGAAAGCUGUUUUUUUCAGCAUCCACAGAAAAAAAAAAUUGAAAGCAAGUUGCUUGAUUUUGUCUUCCAGAAAUAAACACCUUGUUAAUAUGGGA